AUGGCUGAGAAGAAGAUGGAAUACGUCAAGCAAUUCAGAAUCCGCACAACCAUCCCACACAAGUCUGGCCUCAAAGUCUCAAAGGUCAUCUUGGGCGCCAUGAGCUAUGGCAGCUCCAAAUGGCAACCAUGGGUCUUGGAAGAAGCUGAAAGCUUGCCUCUUCUCGAGCAUGCCUACAAGUGCGGUAUUAACACGUGGGAUACUGCCGACAUCUACUCCCACGGCCUAUCCGAGAAGAUUGUGGGAAAGGCAUUGAAGCAGUACAACAUCCCGCGAAACAAGGUCGUCAUUCUUUCGAAAUGCUACUUCGGCGUUGUCGAAGACGAUGUCAGCGUCCAAAUCGCAGGCGUAUCCGUCAACGACGGCGACAUGGUCAACAGUGUUGGUCUAAGCCGCAAGCACAUUUUUGACGCAGUAGAGAAGAGCGUGGAGAGACUGGGCACAUACAUUGACGUUCUACAAAUCCACCGUCUGGAUCGCGGCACACCGAGAGAGGAGAUCAUGAAGGCAUUGAACGAUGUCAUCGAAAAGGGCUGGGUGCGAUACAUUGGAGCCAGUUCUAUGGCGGCAUGGGAGUUCCAAACGCUGCAGAACAUUGCCGAGAAGAACGGCUGGCACAAGUUCAUCUCCAUGCAAAACUACUACAACCUCAUCUACCGCGAAGAAGAGCGAGAAAUGCGCGCUGAGACGGACAAGUUCCUGGACGCAUUGGCCUACCAGCGCGAGGACGCUAUUGAUAAGAAGAUCAUCGAGCGUGUAGAAGAGGUUGCGAAGAAGAACAACGUCAGCAUGGCAUGUAUUGCAACGGCUUGGACCAUCAAGAAGGGAGUCUGCCCGAUCAUUGGAUUGAGCAGCAAGGAAAGGAUUGAAGAGGCUGUGCAGAACAGCAAGUUCAACCUUAGUGAUGAGGACGCAAAGUAUCUUGAGGAGAUAUAUGCACCAAAGUUUAGGCAGGGCUUUUAG